AGUCACCUGGGAAUCCUUCCAGCAGGUGGCUUCCAAAGUCCAACCUGCUAGGUUGAAAUCUGACACUGACAGAGACUCCCUGGGAGCUGCUACUGAAAGCUAAACCGGGAACCAGGAAAUGCACAAGCCUUUUUAUGUACAAAAACAGCUGGGCUCCCUCCGAGACAGAGCACCAUGGGAAACCGGCUCUGCUGCGGGGGAAGCUGGAGCUGCCCAUCAACUUUCCAGAGGAAAAAGAAAAUGGGGAGCCAAGGAAGACGAACACUGAAGCAGCAUCAGCAGCAGAUUGGCACCAAGGGCCAUGACACAACAGGACAUACGUCCAAGCGGGUGUUAGGGCAGCCUGCAUCUCAGGAGAGGAGUCAAGGCCUCAGGUCGGAGGAGAGCAGCUUACAUUACGCAGACAUUCAAGUGUGCAGCCGUACCCAGCCACGCUCUGCCGGGGAGGUGAAGCAUCUGCAGUUAGAAAACGCUACAGAGUAUGCAACUCUUCGCUUCCCCCAGGCCACACCCCGCUAUGACAGCAAAAACGGGACCCUAGUGUGAGCCUUGGGGAGGAAGGAUCGGUUUCCAUCAUUUCACCACUACUCCUGGGGAGAAUCUCCUGCUUUGGGGAAUUGGCUGGUGGCCCACGGGACGGCGACCAUGUUUUAAGCUUAAAGACUCCAGAGCCCUUGGAAUUUUGAGUGUCCCCAGUCUUGCUCUCUCCCCUAUUCCUAUCUCUUAUUUGCCACCGUUAGCUUGAAGUUGUAUUUGGGUUAGCUAGGGGUGGAUGGAGUUCCACAAAAUGAGGGGGCUAGAUUGAGUGUACAGGAAAGGAGGUUUUUGAUCCCUACUUUUGUUCCUGCUCUCAAAAAAAGUGCAGAAAGAACAGAUUACCCCUUAAGCACUUAGCUAAUUUUGUUGGACUUAAUUUAACGGUAUCUCUUGUACACAACUUAAACUCCAAAGUUGAAGAAGAGAUGCUCUGGAAAAGCAUUCUGAGCUCUUGUACACAGCCUCCAGGGCUGGCGUGGGCAAUUUCCUCAGUGGGUGGGUCAGGGGUCCCAGACCUAAAGAGACAAAUGAGGGGAGGGGCUGAGGCAUGGAGGGAGAACGCUUGGACCGUCAGUUACAAGGACCUGAAGUCACUGAUACUGACAGUACCGCGUGGCCCAGAAACUCCCCUUAGCUGGACUGCUGGCUCUCGCACGUGCAGAGCCGCUAGGAUCAAUAAAUCGCGCAAGGAACA